AUAGUAUUCGCAUUAUUCAUUCAUUAAUAUUAUACGAAUAAAUCUGAGACACAUAUAUCUUCUCAUUGAGUCAUUGUAGUUCAUAGCCAUGGCGGGCGUUGCAACGGUCGGCCUGUCCUCGGCAUCGGCAAGAGGCGCAUGUUUGCUCACUGCCCCGCGCAUGUUAGCUGCCGCCGCUCCUUCACCUAUGGUGUUGGUACGGCGUGAUUCAGAGCUCAGUUUUUAUUCUAUCCAACGCAGGUGCGGUCCGCCGUCGAGGAAGCUCACGAUUCGGGCCGCUAGAACUGAGUCAAAAGGUGUCUCUCUUGGAUUCAGAGCUCCACAUUUCGAGCUUUCUGAACCGUUAACCGGGAGAGUGUGGAAUCUAGAAGACUUUGAGCCAUAUCCUGCUUUGCUGGUUAUGUUCAUUUGCAAUCAUUGUCCAUUUGUCAAACACCUGAAGAAAGAUAUUGUAAAACUUUCCAAUUUCUAUAUGAAGAAGGACCUUGCUGUUGUUGCUAUAUCAUCAAACUCUGCAGCUACUCAUCCUCAGGAUGGACCAGAAUUCAUGGCAGAAGAAGCUAAACAGUUCAAUUAUCCUUUCCCAUAUCUCUAUGAUGAGUCACAAGAUGUUGCAAGAGAUUUUGGAGCUGUUUGCACACCGGAGUUUUUCCUAUUCAAAAAGGAUGGACGAAGGCCCUUUGAACUAGUUUAUCAUGGUCAAUUUGAUGAUUCAAGACCAAGUAAUAAUGUCCCAGUUACUGGAAGGGACUUGAGCCUAGCAAUAGAUUGUGUACUCAGUGGCCAACCAGUUUCAUCUGCUCAAAAACCUAGGUCACUGUAUGCUACCAGUGGGCCUGCGAGGUAAGCUGAUCACAUGGCUAAGAGCAAUGUAUCUUUCAAGAGAACAUGGUGAGUUCAUAUAUCCUUUCUAUUUUUUGUGAAAGUGAUGUGUGAGAAUUGGUAGGGAAUGAUGGUCCAUUUACUUACCCAUCAUUAUAUGUUCCAUUUGGUUCCGGCCAACCAAGAUCUUGUCAUCUUUGUGCCUUUCUAUCUUUCCAGCUCUCCCCACACCCACAACACAUGGGAUUGAUAGCUACUUCUCUCUUUGCAGACACUUUGUUGGAAGAUUGCUUUUGCUUAGUUGCUUCUACUAGUCAGGCUCUCUUGUUGCUCUACCCUCUAAUUUUCAACCAUUUUAUUGUCUUUAUGCAUAUUUAUACUGCUAAUAUAAU